AUGUCUCAGCUUUUCGGCCGGAUCUCCAAGCUUUCAUCAUCUCCCCUAAAGCGUAGGCUCUGUUUCAGCCGGUCGGAUUUCUCGACGACUCCGACUCCUUACCUGUUCCUCGGGAGAGAUGUGGUCGGAAAAUCUUCUUGCGGCGGAAGCGUUGUCAACUAUAACUUGUAUGAUCCGAGGAAAGAAGAGCAAAUGCAGUUCGAGAAUCAGGUUCUGUCCAAGGAUCUCCGUAAGUCCUCGGCUAUAGGAUCGUCGAGAGGAUGGCUAGCUAUGCUGAACAAACACGAUUCUACAGUGCGUCUCACCAACAUCUUUAACAACAACCCUUCCAAGACCAUCACUCUACCUCCUUUAAUCAAAGACGAAGCCGAAAGCCUUUUCAAUGUCUCUGUAUCAUCCUCUUCCCACGACGAUUUCGUAGUCGCCGCGAGGUUUGACGGGUCUAGGCUCAGUCUGUGUCGACUCGGUGACUCGGAGUGGACUCGCAUCGACGUGCCUUGCCCUGCCUUCCGUUUAUCUCCCGUCAUGUACUCAGACAGACACCGGAAGUUCUUCGUGAACAGUGUCAGCUCUGACUACACUGGCCCGACCGACUUCACCUCUAAAUCCGGUCUAGUCUCCCCGGUCAGUGGCUACGUGAGGUUCCCCUUGUCUAACUCUCCCAUAUCGGAGAACGCUUUGGAUAUCCAACGUCUCAAUGUCCACCAGCUACUAGUCCAGUCUCCUUCCAGCGAGUCCUUCAUCGUUCUUUGGGGUCUGGAUCGCUUUACGGGGAAAGGAGAAGCUGUGGAAUGGAAAGACGAAAUAUACAACCAGAACCAGGACGACCUUGUUGUUAUGACUCGCAAGAUCAGGGUCUAUAGGCAAGACGCCGAGAAAGGGAUUGGUCCAUACACUGAGGACAUCGGUGAUCUCUGCAUUUUUGUGGGCGAGAACGAACCAUUUUGUCUCUCCGCUAGCGACUAUCCCGGCCUCAAACCUAACUCUGUCUACUUUGCUGGUCGCCGCUCCGGUUUUGGCGUCUGCGAUCUCGCUUCUCGCACCAUCCGCUACCUCUCCGACUCGCCUCUCCGUCAUCGCCUCUUAUGGCUUCCUCCAACAACACCCCAUUACUAGUAUAAUUUGGGAUUGUCCUGUACCUCGCAUUUUGAUCAUGUCCCGUCCUCGUAUCAGUUGGAUUUAGAUUA